AUGAUAGAUGUUUUAGAAAACCAAGAUAAUAAAACAUCGAAAAUGUUAGACAAUAAUCAAGUUGAAGAAAACAACGAAAAUUGUUGUGUCAACAAUAGUAACAAUGAAAAUGUAGAAAUAAAAGUACAACAACAAUUUGAUUAUUGUGAAAGGAAUUGGAGAGAUUUAAAAGAAAUUAUACAAGGUGAUAGAUUAGAAAUAUUGGGUAGAAAAUUAAAGGAUCAAGCAGAGAUGGAGAAACAUUUAAAGGUUGUAAAACAACAAUUUAAAACUAUUAAAGAUUAUAUUGAUUUCAAAGUUUUUAAAUUUCCAACACAAACUAUAAGCUAUACAGACGAACAAGGUAUUGAACUCAAUAGAUUAAUAACUAUUAGACCAGAGAAUUUAGAACAAAAAUUAGUUUUUAGACCAAACGAUUUCCCAUACAGUUGCGAUAAAUCAAUCUCACAUUGGGUAUUAUGGUGUUUAAAACCUCUUGAUCAUGAGGAUGCAAAACAACUCAUUUCAAAACUUACAAAUAGAGAAUUCAGCAAUGACGAUAACGGUUUCUUAUUCUUUAUCAAUCCUUUUCAUUUACAAAGUAUAAAAGAAAUUUCACAUUAUCAUGUUUUCAUUAAAAACAUUGACCAAAAUCAAUUGGAAUUUUCAAUAUAA